AAACGUUUUCGUUUACAGGAGAUAUCCAAAAGAAUCCGUCUAUGGACUAUAAAUCGAACUCAUCGUGCAGUAGUCCAGGCAAGCAGGAGAAGAGUACGUUAGAAAGAAUGGAAAGAAGCGACCGUCAUCCCGCCUUCGGGGUGCCCGUGCCAGUCCUCCCCGUGAGGAACAACUUGCGGGCUUCGCACUUUACACCCGCUGCUUCACGAUUCCAUUUCAGGAAGGGUCUCUCAUCUAGAUGUUCUUGGAAAUGUACUGCUAUUGUAUUCAUAGUGUUGUUCGUUUUACUCUUAGCAAUUGCUUCUUAUAUGUCAGCUUCCUAUUUCGUCAACUGGUCGUACCAGAAUUCUAAAGCAUGUACAGUACUAGUUGGCGAGUCAACAGAGAUCUUUCCGGCGUCUAAAGCGACGACGCUAGAAUCAAAUAACAAAUCUCUGUCUAAGCCGCAACAGAGCUCUUCAUCGGCCAGCUCAGCAGUCACUGUUCCUACAAUGGGUGAUACAAACGAAAUACCUACAGUAAAAAUUACACCAAUAGACUUGGAACCAACGAUGCCGACGAAUUUCAAUAAGCCGGUUACUGUUCAAAGUACGACCAAAACUAAUAAGGAUUCGAGCAUAAAUGCUGACUGGGGAGGUAGUUGUGAAUGCUCAUGUCCAGUAUGUGAAGACAGCUCUAAAGAUGAUUUCUACGAAGAUUCUGAUUCAGAAAAAAGUACUACCAUGCUUUUAGAAAAUACAGAUAUUAGUACUAUUCCAAGCCCAGUCUCCGGAGAUAAUGAAUUUCCAACAACAACUACAGAUUCUACAGAAAGCCAAAGCUAUGUUACUAUGGAAACAACUUCAGAAACAGAUACAGUUCAAUCGUCAACUGUGACUGAAAUUAGCUCCACAACAGAUUUCGAUGCAAUUACUACAAUUUUAAAUGAAAAAACGGAGUCUAAAGAUGUUACAGAUGAUUUAACAACUGAGUCUGAGAUAAUAUCUACGACUGAAGUCCCGAAAUGUGUAUGUCCGAAAAUUAAACCUCCACCCAUCCUUAUAUUGGAAGGUGCGCGAACAUUUCCAGCUCAGUCAUUUCCCCCCGACGGGACGACAUUCAAACAAAUUACUUUAGGUGAAAAAUUAUCAAAACAAAUCCCUCCAUAUAGUUAUUGGAACAUGCAGUUCUAUCAAUCGGAAGCUUCUUAUGUUAAAUUCGAUUACCUGAUUCCCCGCGGAGCUUCCAUAGGAGUGUAUGCAAGGAGGAACGCAUUACCCACUCACACUCAAUAUCAUUUCUUGGAAGUCUUAAGUGGAUUCAAAGCGAGAACUACCCGUUCAUCCCAUCCAUCAGUAAAGAAGGAAGUAACACAUUACAUGGAACAAGGUCAUUGGUUCCUAUCGCUGUACAACGAUGACGGUGAUCCACAAGAAAUUUCCUUCAUUGCCGCUGUUGCCGAAGAUAUGACUCAUAACUGUCCUAAUGGAUGUUCGGGUAAAGGGGAGUGUCUUAUGGGUCAUUGUCAAUGUCAACCUGGCUUUGGAGGGGAUGAUUGUAAUGAAAGUGUUUGUCCAGUACUAUGCAGUCAACGAGGCGAAUAUAUUAAUGGAGAAUGUCAAUGCAAUCCUGGCUGGAAGGGCAAAGAGUGUUCCCUGCGACACGAUGAAUGCGAAGUACCCGACUGUAAUGGUCAUGGCCACUGCGUGAAUGGCAAAUGCUCCUGUGUCCGCGGGUACAAAGGCAAAUUUUGUGAAGAUGUCGAUUGUCCACACCCCACGUGUUCCAGUCACGGAUUUUGUAUCGACGGCGCUUGUGUGUGUAAGAAAGGAUGGAAGGGUAUGGAUUGUGCGACAAUGGACAAGGAUGCUCUGCAGUGUCUGCCGGAUUGUUCCGGUCACGGAACAUUUGACGUGGACACUCAGACCUGCACUUGUCAUGCACGCUGGUCUGGGGAUGAUUGCUCUAAAGAGGUGUGCGACCUAGACUGCGGGCCUCAUGGACGAUGCGUUGGAGAGUCUUGUAUCUGCGACCAAGGAUGGACCGGCGAGUACUGCACCUCGAAACUGUGUGACUCUCGAUGCAGCGAUCACGGUCAAUGCAAGAAUGGAACUUGUCUUUGUGUAUCUGGUUGGAAUGGUAGGCACUGUACAUUGGAAGGCUGCCCCCGCGGUUGCGCUGGCCACGGUCAAUGCAGGGUCGCCAACGACGGCCAUUGGGAAUGCAAAUGCUUCGACGGUUGGGAUGGACCAGACUGCACGACGCUUAAAGAACAAGUGUGUGAUGACUCGAAGGACAAUGAUAAAGACGGUCUAAUAGAUUGCGAAGAUCCUGAAUGCUGCCAAAGUACUGCCUGCAAAGGCAGCCAACUCUGCGUAUCCUCGCCUAAGCCUACAGACAUCUUACUGAGGAAGCAACCGCCGGCCAUCACAGCUUCCUUCUUUGAAAGAAUGAAGUUCCUCAUCGAUGAAGGUAGCCUCCAAAACUACGCUAAGCAGGAGACCUUCAACGAAAGUCGUUCAGCUGUGAUCAGAGGUAGAGUAGUGACGUCACUGGGCUCUGGACUGGUCGGCGUCAGAGUGUCGACAUCUACUCCUUUAGAAGGGUUCACAUUGACCAGAGAAGACGGUUGGUUUGAUCUGUUGGUAAACGGAGGUGGCGCAGUGACGUUGCAUUUCGGACGAGCGCCUUUUAAGAGAUCUACUCAAGUUGUUUUCGUGCCCUGGAACGAGGUGGUGAUAAUAGACGAGGUGGCGAUGACGACAUCGGACGAGAAGGGCGGAGCAGGUCCACCGCAGGCCUGCCUGAUACCCGGCACUGGCUUAAACCUCGUCUACCACAGCUCAAGAGCCGCUGGUUACCUAUCCACUAUACAAUUACAACUGACACCAGAGAAAGUCCCACCUACAUUAGCGUUGAUCCAUUUGAGAAUUACUAUUGAAGGAAUACUAUUCGAGAAGACGUUCGAAGCAGAUCCUGUGAUCAAGUUCACUUAUCCUUGGAACAGACUGAAUGUAUAUAGGCAGCGAGUGUAUGGGGUCACCACGGCGCUGGUCAAAGUGGGCUACCAGUACAGCGACUGCAAGGAUAUCAUCUGGAACGUGCAGACCACCAAGCUGAGCGGCCACGAUAUGAGUAUCUCAGAUGUCGGUGGAUGGAACUUGGAUAUACAUCACAGAUACAACUUCCAUGAAGGUAAACAAUGUUCACAAUUGAUCACUUUUAUGGUUAAACAUAAAACGAAUUAA